AUGGCUAGCCCACAGGUUCUAGUUUUCGAUACUGAGGGCUGCCCAGUGAAGUUUGACACCUGGCUAGAUGACCUGCACCUCUAUCUACAGCUCACAGCCAAGGACGACAUCUCACUGUACGACCACGCCCUAGGCCAUGUCACUGCCCCUGCUGCUACUGCUGACAGCACUGCUCGCUCACAGUGGCAGACUCGUGAUGCCCUCGCUCGCUUCGCUAUUCGCAACUCCCUGCCGAUAGACGAACGCGAGGACUUUGGCCAGCACAAGACUGCACAGGCACUGUACACAGCUGUCGUUGCUCGCUACUCCUCACCUGCCUCUGCCGCGCUAGGCCGUCUCUCCCUCCCCUACCUGUUUCCCGACCUGGCCUCUUUCCACACAGUCGCUGACCUCAUCACGCACCUCCGUACUAUCACCCGCCUCCCUGACACAGUGCGUGCUGUCAAGGACCACUUCCUAGCUCGCUGCCCCACUGAGCUCACCAUUGCCCUCCUCGAGAAGGAACUGCUUGCAGCUGAGACUAGCAUAGUCGCUGUAGGUGCCUCUCGUGGCGACCCCCAUACCCCGUUCUUUGAGGGGUGUUCUCCUUCCCCCCUUCUUCCCUCUGUCGCAUCUGCUGCUGCUGUCGACCUCCUUGGUGCUGAGAAGGUCGGUACUGCGUCUGCUUCAAGCGGGCGCCGCAGCGGCAAGGGCAAAGGGGGCGAGGGUGGUGGCGGUGACGGCGGGGGAGGCGGUGGUGGGGGCGGUGGAGGCGGUGGGGGUGGUGGCGCGACUGGAGGGGCUAGUGGCAGCGGUGGGGGUGGUGGCGGCAGCGGCGCGGGAGGUGGCAGGGGCGGAGGCGGUGGUGGGGGUGGCGGUGGACGAGGCGGCGGCAGGGGUUGGGGUAGUCGAGGAGGUGGCGGCGGCGGUGGUGGUCGUGGAGGCGCUGGCAGUGGCCAGGGCCAGCAGCACACUCCGUCGCCCCAGGAGAAGGGGAUUGAUAUCUAUGCUCUAGACUUUGAUGCUAUUCUAUCUGCUAUGUAUGUGAUGUCUACUAGUGGAGAGGGUGCUGAGUACCUGUGUGUACCGCCCGACCCGGGCAUUAGGACUAGUGCGUCUGCCGCUCCAGGUACUCGCGUGUCGGCUAUCCCAGGUGCUGGUAAGGCAGCUGCUCUAGGUGCUUGUGCGUCUGCCCCCCUUGGUACUGAGUCGACUGCAGCACUGCACACCUUCACACUAGACUCAUGUGCCUCUCGCUGCUUCUUUCGUGACCGCACUGCCCUUGAGCAGCUUGCUCGGCCAGUUGCUGUCUCCCUUGCUGACCCCUUUGGGGGUCCGGUCAUUGCGACCUCUUCCACUGUCCUUCCCUGUCCUGCGGUCCCGUCGGGCACACAGUCAGGUCUCCACCUCCCCUCGUUCUCUACGAACUUGGUGGCAGGAUGUGCGCUCCAGGACGGGGGUGUUCACCAAUUCACCCCUGCCUACGAGCGCGUGACACACUGUACGUGUGCUCGUACAGGCCGUCACUUGGCUACCUUCACUUGGCAGCCGGGGUCGAACCUGUACACACUGACCACUGAGUCCCCUCAGGCUGCUGCGUCUGCGUCUGCGUCCGCGUCAGGUCAGCUGUCGGCCCCCUGCUCGUGUCACUCUCUGGCGCACGAGACUGUCCUCGCGCACCACCGCCUUGGCCACCCGUCUGUGCAGCGGCUUCGUGCCAUGCACUCCCGGUACCUUGUCUCUGGCCUUCCCAGGGUCCUUCCUCCCCUCCCUCCCUCACCUGCUCCUACCUAUCUCCCCUGUGUCGAGGGACGGCGGCGCGCCGCUCCUCACUCCUCCUCGUUUCCCCCGACGACUGCUCCCUUGCAGACGCUCCACAUGGACGUGUGGGGCCCAGCCCGCGUCCGUGGUCAGGGUCAGGAGAGGUACUUCCUGAUAGUUGUUGACGACUACUCGCGCUACACCUCGGUCUUCCCCUUGCGCACCAAGGGUGAGGUCCCUGAUGUCUUGAUCCCUUGGAUCCGCAGAGCCCGUCUCCAGCUCAGCGAGCGUUUCCACUCGGACUUUCCUGUCCUGCGCUUGCACUCUGACAGAGGUGGUGAGUUCUCCUCCGACCUCUUGGCAGCCUACUGUGCUGAGCACGGCAUUGAGCAGUCGUUCACGCUUCCGGCCUCUCCACAGCAGAAUGGGGUUGCGGAGCGCCGCAUUGGCCUGGUCAUGGAGGUCGCCCGUACCUCCUUGAUCCAUGCGGCUGCCCCCCACUUUCUGUGGCCGUUUGCGGUCCGGUACGCUGCACAUCAGCUCAACCUCUGGCCCCGUGUCUCCUUGCCAGAGACCUCGCCCACACUGUUGUGGACGGGGGAGGUUGGCAAUGCGUCGCGUUUCCGAGUCUGGGGAUCUCGAGCUUUUGUCCGCGAUACGUCUGCGGACAAGCUCUCCUCCCGUGCUGUUCCCUGCGUCUUCCUCGGCUUUGUCCCGGGCGCGUCUGGUGCUGCUGUUGUAGACCCCCUCCCCCCUCAGGGUGCCGCUCCCUCAGGUGUGUCUCAGGUAGACCCGGUUGAGCGUGCUGAGGUAGCUGUCGAGUCUCGUCCUGCUGGGGGUGCUGAGCCUGGGGGUGCUGAGCCUGGGGGUGCCGGGACUGGGGGUGCUGAGCCUGGGGGUGCGGAGCCUAGGGGUGCGGAGCCUGGGGGUGCGGAGCCUGGGAGUGCUGAGCCUGGGGGUGCUGAGCUUCGGGGUGCUGAGCCGCAGAGUUCGGAGUCUGGGGGUUCUGAGUCUGGAGGUGCUGAGCCUGGGAGUCUUACACCUGGAGGAGCCCUCUCCUCGGAGCAGCUGCGUGAGUGGUACUUACAGUACUGCAGCCUCAGGAGAGGUACCUUUGGAGCCAGGCGUGCUACUGGGACUGGUGCUAGUGCUUCUCCUCCUAGUCGGGAGCUCCCCUCCCGUGAGCGGAUCCGUGAGUGGUACGAGCGGCGCUGCACUCUUCGGAGUGGCGCGCCUCGUGUCGCGGACCCUGCUGCCGUGGGUACUGCUGCUGGUGCUGAGGACCCGGGUGUUGGAGCUGCUGCUGGUGCUGAGGACCCGGGAGUUGGAGCUGCUACUGGUGCUGAGGACCCAGGUGUUGGAGCUGCUGCUGGUGCUGAGGACCCGGGCAUUGGAGCUGUUGCUGGUGCUGAGGACCCGGGCGUUGGAGCUGCUGCUGGUGCUAAGGACCCAGGUGUUGGAGCUGCUGCUGGUGCUGCGGACCCGGGCGUUGGAGCUCCUGCUGGUGCUGGGGACCCGGGCGUUGGUGCUGGUGGUGGUGCUGAGGACCCGGGAGUUGGAGCUGCUGCUGAGGCUGAGGACCCUGGCGCUGGUGUCUCUGCUGAUUCUUGUCGCAGCUACCGUCUGCCUCCUCUCUCCCUGCUUCUGCUCCUUACACUGGUCCGACUGGAGGUCUUACUGAGCGUCCGUGUCCCACUGCCGUCUCCUCCUGCUUCCUCUUUUCCUGCUCUUGCUGACCCGGGGUCAGACUCCCUUCGUGCUGCCAGUCCUACUGUCACGCGUCUCCUGGCUACUGUUGUCACUAACCCUUCCUUUGAGUCCGCUGCUGCGUCUGCCUUAGUUGCUGAGCUUGUCGACUUUGCUGCCACCUGUCGUCUAGACUACGCUACUAGCCUGGUUGCUGAGUCUGAGUCUGUCUGUCCUCCGUCCGUCGGGGGUGAUUGUGCUCUUGGCAUUGACAUCCUUGAGGACAGGCAGGAGGAGUUUGAGUGCUUUGCUGCCGCUUUGCCCCAUCUCGUGUCCAUGCUUGUUGCCCCUGAGGGAGACCCGGAUGCACCAGACAUCCCUACCCCACGCUCUUACGCAGAGGCGAUGGCCGGUCCCUACUCCUCUCAGUGGCAGUCGGCCAUGGACACAGAGAUGGCUUCUUGGAAGUCCACAUGCACCUACGUCGACGAGGUUCCCCCGCCUGGGGCGAACAUCGUCAGUGGCAUGUGGAUUUUCAGGGUGAAGCGGCCGCCGGGCUCUCCGCGUGUCUUCAAGGCGCGUUACGUUGCACGAGGCUUCAGUCAGCAAGAGGGAGUUGACUUCUUAAAGACAUUCUCCCCGACCCCGAAGAUGACCACUCUUUGGGUUCUGCUGCACGUCGCCGCUCAGCGUGACUACGAGCUCCACUCUCUUGACUUCAGCACUACUUUCCUACAGGGCAGCCUGCACGAGGAGAUCUGGCUGCGCCGUCCACCUGGCUUCACUGGGUCGUUCCCUCCUGGUACCCAGUGGAGCCUUCGACGACCAGUCUACGGUCUCCGCCAGGUGCCACGUGAGUGGCACGACACACUUAGGACUACACUUGCGGCUCUUGGGUUUGCGCCUUCUACUGCUGACCCGUCGCUGUUUCUACGCACCGACACCUCACUGCCGCCGUUCUACAUCCUCGUGUACGUCGACGACUUGGUCUUUGCCACUGCUGACACUACGGCACUGGCCCACGUGAAGUCGGAGCUGCAGAAGAGACACACGUGCACAGAUCUGGGUGAACUGACUAGCUAUCUUGGCUUGCGGAUCACCCGGGACAGAGCACGCCGUACCAUCACCUUGACUCAGUCACACAUGGUGCAGCAGGUCCUUCAGCGCUUCCGCUUCACGUACUCCUCGCCUCAGCCUACUCCUCUGCCUACCGGUCACUCGCUCUCAGCUUUGCCUUCGGAUGAGUCCGUAGAGCCGGGUGGCCCGUAUCCAGAGCUUGUGGGUUGCCUCAUGUACCUGAUGACCUGCACUCGACCUGACCUUGCAUACCCUCUUAGCAUUCUUGCACGCUAUGUCACUCCCGGCCGUCACCGGAAGGAGCACAUGGAUGCAGCUAAGAGGGUGUUGCGUUACUUGUGCAGUACGUCGGGCAUGGGGCUAGUGCUUGGAGGGCGAGUCCCAGUUGUUCUCACUAGGCACUCAGACGCUUCUUGGGCAGACGACCAGGCUACUUAG